AUGAUCCAGCCAUUUACUCUUCCGGAUGUCAUAGGAGCCAGUUCUCUCGAGUUGAAAAAAUAUCUAUCGAUGCCAAUUCCUAAGCUAAAGACUAAGCUCAUCAUCAGUGACGUUAAUACAACUCAGAAAGGUGUCUGGGAUGCGACUUCAGAAGCAGUGUUAGGCGUCACUGAUCCAGAAAUAGAAGAAGACAGGGAGUCUAAUUCACGAAAAACACUCAAUUCUACUUCAAUAAUUAUAUUCGUCUGCUUUGGACUGCUUCUAGCGCUAAUCAUCAUUGGUGUCGUAUCGGUUUUAAUAGUGCAAAAAAGACAGUAUAAAAGGAAAUUAGAGUUAGCAGAGGAGAUGCGAAAAGAGGAAGAAGAAGAAAGGAAAAGGAAAAAAAAGAAAAGAAGACGUCACAAGAAGCGAAAAAAACGCAGAAAAGAACGAGAAAAACUUUCGAAGAAACAGGAGGAUGCGAAACAGUGUUUUGAUGUGAAAACAGCACUAGUGGAUUACCUUGAGAAUCAGACGUAUAGCCGAAUAACACCAUUAGAUGAACAGCAAAGCGCAAAAAGGGAAGGAUCCGGGCUGCUAGAAGAUCAACCAAAUAAAAAUGAUGAGCAGAUUGUGCAGACUCCCAAGGAUGACCUUUCACCUAAAAACGAAGGACCAGACGUGCUACUACUCGAGAUAGGUCGUAUACUUGGCAAAAGUCUACGUGGCGCAGUGAAUACACCACAAAGGGAAACAAAAACGACGGAUACCGGAUCAAACGUAAUGAAACCGCUGAUUUACGGUACGGCGGCCGCUGCUGUACUUUUCAUAGGAGUUGUCAUAGUUAUGUGGAUGAUAAAAGAGCGUAGAAAACGUAUUAAAAAGUUAGAACUUUUGGAAUCAUUAGAAAAAGAAAAGACAGGGAAAAAACGAAAACGAAAGAGGAGACAUAGAAGAACAAGAGGACCGAAGCCAGUAAUAAAAGUUAAGCAAAGCGAAAAGCUGAAAAAGGCACUCGCCGAUUACCUCGAAAUGCACACGCAGACUAUUGGAUCGAGAAGGAGCUGGUGGUAG